GAUUUAUAUUCUAUAUGGCGCGGCAUAUAUGCAAUUAAGCAAGUCUCGAUGUAUGAUAGAUGGAGUUGAUAAGCGCUCGUUAUCAUACGAAGACCAGUCUCGUAAUAAAACAAUUACAUGUUUCAGUGACAACAACGUAUUUCAACUCCACUGAGGUUGUUCAAAGACUAAGACGUGUAGAUUAUAAAAUCGCAGCCAGGAAUAUAAAAGGUCUAGAAAGACAAAGACGGGAAAAAUGGCGAAAUGGUAUUUUGCUGCCGCCAUUGUUGUAGGAGGAAUUGCCGUGGCUUUGUUUUUGCUUUACAACGUAAGAGAACUUGAUGAUUUAUCAAGGCAGAAAACCGAUCAAGAAACAGGAAAAAAGCCUGUCAUUGAUCCACCACAAGAAAGACCACAAGAUCGCCAAGAAUCACCAGACACUAAAGAUGGGAAGAGAGCCUUAAAAGAUGAAAAACUUCGCGAUAAACAAACCUCAAAACAAGACUCAAAAGCCGAUAAAAAGGACAAUGAAGAGCCUGAAAUACCUAAAGGGCAUUUAAAAUACUUAGGUGAACACGGGUCUCCUAUUAUUACCGGUGAGAUUGAAGAGGUUGACUUCGUCCCCAAUGGGAAAGAUUUUUAUACCCAUUUCGCUAGAAAAAGAAAGCCUUUGAUUAUGAGGGGUGCUAUCAGUCAUUGGCCAGCUGUCAAGCACUGGGCGAACGAAACUUACCUUCGAGAGAAUUACGGAGAUGUUAUAUUUGAUGUUCAAUUAACAAAAAAAUACGAGACCAUUUUACCGAUUAAAAAGACGAUGACUUUGAACGAAUACCUCGACAUCUAUAAAAAAGAAAACGUGUAUUUAGAUUGUCCAUUCCCUCAAAGUAAAAUGACAAGGGACAUUCUUGUUCCAUACUGUCUUCAGUGCAAUGAAAUUAGUGAGGGUAUAUCAAGCACUCAUUUACUGUUUAGCAAUGGAAAUACCAGCUCUAGUCUACACUACGAUGGCUACGAGAAUCUUUUAAGUGUGAUAUCAGGUACAAAAGAAAUCCUGGUAGCGAACUAUUCUUAUGCUGAUUCUUUCUAUAAUCGCAACUACACCACAGUGAAUAUCGAAGCACCCAUCGACCCUGAGGCUGUUGAUCUCAUCAAAUACCCUAAACUAGCAGAAGUUCCCUUUCAUAAGGUUACAAUCCACGCUGGAGACAUUCUUUACAUCCCUCAGACUUGGUGGCAUCAUGUCAGAUCUUUCGAGUCACCCAACAUUGCCAUCUCCCUUUGGUUUGGCAUUUUUAAGAGUGACCCCAACCAAGAAACCAAUGCAGAAGAAAUAGAGAGUGAAACAAUGGACCCUGUGAAAUUCAUUGAACAAUAUGGAGAAUGCGUAAAUAAAGCUCCUGAAACAAUUGAUUGUGUCUCUCAAAACCGUCCAAUAUCUGAGGUAUUUUGGCCAAAGGAGAAUGGCGAUGUAGAACUGCCAAAGAUCCCUGACCCAGAGAGCUGGACUGUUACAUUGAAUAGUGGAUAUAAGAUGCCAAUCAAAGGUUUUGGUACGGCUGGCCUCUUGAAGGAAAGUGAAGCUGCUACUUUGGUGGCUCUCAACACUGGUUACAGGUUGAUAGAUACAGCUCAAGUGGAUGGCUAUAACGAGACUGCUGUUGGUUGUGCUCUAAAAGCAAGUGGUAUCCCAAGAGAGGAAGUUUUCCUGGUAUCUAAGGUGGUUCCAAGAAACAUGGGAUAUGAAGAUACCAUCGCAUCUGUUGACCAAACGCUGGAAAAGCUACAGACUUCAUACGUAGACUUGAUGUUAAUACACGCUCCCGAUUGUGAGAAGGAAGACGAUGGUCCAUUUUCAUGUCCUGAAGGAUAUCCACGAGGCACAUGGAGAGACUGCUGGAAGGGUCUAGAGGAAUUGGUUAAGAAAGGUAAAGUACGUAGUAUCGGAGUGUCUAACUUUUAUGUUAAAGAUCUAAAAGAACUAAUGGAGAUAGCAACCAUACCACCAGCCGUUGUCCAGAACUUCUUCACUCCAUUCUACCACGACAAACAAACCAGGAAAUAUUGCCAGGAAAACAACAUCAAGUACAUGGGAUUCAGUACCCUUGGAAAUAUGUACGUACGUGAAGGCUUUGAUGUAAACCCUGUGUUAACAGACGAAGGGAUCAAACAUAUCGCGCAGUCCUAUGAUGCCUCGCCUGCUCAGGUCGUCUUGAAGUGGGCCCUGGAGAGUGACGUCAUCGUUAUACCUCAGUCAAGAAACCCAAACCACAUUGAAACAAACUUUCAUCUCCAUCAAAUCUUUCUCAGUGAUAAGGACAAGGAAUAUUUUGAGAAACUUGAUGGCAAGUUUGAGGAAGAGCAAGAAUCAGAAGUACAAGAAGAAACCACAGAAAAACAAGAACCUGAACUCAAAAAGCCCGUUCGUAACAAAGACAUCAUUGAUAAACUGGAUCUGAGAAAAAAGGUGAAUCCCGAAGACGCAACCAUUUACGUCAGUUCUGACGACCAAUACAUUUAUGCUUUGGAUGCGAAGACAGGAGAAUUGAUGUGGAAAUAUGGCACCGCUGAAGAUGGUGGAUCGCGCUGCGCCUUCAGUCCUGACGAGUCAGUGGUGUACUGUGGUACAGAUGAUCAUUAUAUCCGUGCAUUUGAUCGAUUAGACGGGACUUUGUUAUGGAAGUUUAAGACAGAGGGCGCUGUUGUAUCUUCUACCGGUGUUGGUACUGAUGGUACGCUGUAUGUGGGGAGUCUGGAUGGUGAUAUGUAUGCAGUCAAUAAAGACGGGUCUUUGAAAUGGAAAAAACACUUGGGCGAUCAGAUCUGGUCUUCGCCAGCUCUAAAAGAUGGUGGCCGCGUCGUCUUUGUCGGCUCUAUGACGGAUACAACGUCUAACAUCUUCGCUUUAAAAGGAGAAACAGGCGAAUCCGUAUGGGAUCUAAAAACUCAAGGACCAGUAUUCUCCUCUCCAGCUCUCAACGAAGACGAAAGUGUCAUGUUUGUCUGCUCUUUUGAUGCCAAUUGCUACGCAUUUGACUCGGAAACUGGGAAGAUAGCGUGGGUUUUUGAAGGAGAUGGAUCCUUUCAAUCUUCUCCUGUCCUUAGUAAAAGUACCCAAACGAUGUAUGUUGCUUCUACUGAAGGGAAUGUCUUUGCAGUGAGCACGAAAAAUGGAAAACGUGUGUGGAAAUAUCAAUCCAAGGGUGAAUACUUCUCGUCUCCAUUCCCUGCUCCAAACGGCUUGGUGUACAUCGGCUCUGGUAUCGGUGAAAUCUUAGCAUUAAACCAAUCUAACGGUCAACUUGUAUGGAGGUACAAGACAGAGAUGAGCCACCCAAUAUACUCCACUCCAAAGAUGUCAAAAGAUGGCGUCCUUUACGUGGGAGGAAUUGACGGGUAUAUUUAUGCUUUCCGCUCUGAAGAUGGCCAAGUUGUAUGGAAAUUCAAAACUAAUGGGCCUCUUGCUGGCACUGUUCGUAUCACCGAAAAGCACAAUAUGCCUACAUCCUAAACAACUGUCUUCUCGUGGGAACUCACCUUUAUUUACGACCACUAGGUAUUCGACCACAUUUCCAGCUUCGACCAAGAUAGAGAGAAGUAUCCAUAUAACUACUAAGGUUACUGUCAUGUAUGAAUACAUCAUUGUGAUUGGAUAGUUUGUAUCUUUACUCUCUCUGAUUGGUCAAAGAAAGGAUACGCGUACUUUUUGUUUUUGUUGUUUUUUGC